CAGAACAGAAACAGUGAACAACAGAGAACAGACGACUAUUGAAUAGAGGCCAUUUAAUUUGUUCUUGGCUUGAUUCUCGUAUGUUCUAGAACUUGAUUUACAAAUAUUUUGUCACAAUUUUUAGUGCAGUGCAGUUUGGAAACUUUGUUAUUUCUGAUAAUAGAUUUUUAUUGUAUUUGUGAUUUUUCUUUUGUGUGAAAUAACAAGAUGUCUUUCUUCCCCUCAUUGAUGGGCGAUUUUGACGACGAUCCAUUUAUGGGUCACAUGCGUCAGAUGAACCGCAUGAUGAGCUCGUUCUUUGGGGGCGGCUCGCCGUUCGGAGGCGGCAUGUUGGGGGGCCGGCCGGGGGAGGGGGGGAGCUGAUGCCCUUUGGGGGCGGCGCCAUGGGGCUGAUGGGCCGCGGAGGUGGUGGCCCCAUGAUGCCGUUCGGAUUUCCCGAUAUGAGUCAGAUCUUCCAGGCGGGAGCUGCUGGUGGUAACUGCCAUUCUUUCUCGUCCAGUACUAUCACAACUAUGUCGAACGGACCUGAUGGAAGGCCGCAGGUGUACCAGGCAUCGCAGUCGGUGCGGCGUGGCCCAGGUGGCGUGAAGGAGACUAAGAAGGCGGUGGCCGACUCGCGGUCGGGCAUCAAGCGCAUGGCCAUUGGUCAUCACAUUGGCGACAGGGCGCACAUUGUAGAGCGCGAACACAACCUCAGAUCGGGAGAGCAUGUCGAGAAUCAGGAGUACAUUAACCUUGAGGAAGAAGAAGCGCCGGAAUUCGACCAGGAAUGGCGACAAAAGACGCGUUCGGCGUACAGUGCGUCAAACGCCAUCGGCUAUCAACAGCCGGGAGGAUCAGCGUCGGGACGCUACGGCGGACAGCGUUACGGCGGAGAGACGCCCGCUAUUAUGCCUGCCCCAUCAUCUGCAAGAUCCAGAUCGAGAAAAAAUCGAAAAUCACAUUCUACGGCAUUGCCUUCUACAGCCAGAAACUAUAGAUCUGGUUCCAACUAUGAUGUGCCUCCUACCUAUCCGGCUUUGCCUCCAACUUCAAGUGGAAGACACACGGAAAGAGAGACAGUACAACACGAAGGAGCCGUGGAGGAGGAGGAGGAUGAAGAAGAGUGUGGAGUGAAAAUUGUCGAAGUGGAUGAUGAUGAUGAUUACGAAGGAGGAGAAAGAAAGACGGAAGAUGCUAGCAAUGUGGUGGAGGAAGUGGGAGAGGAGGAUGAGGUGGAGGCAGAGGAGGAGCCUGUUGUUUAUGUUGCUGAGGAGGACACUAGUAGGGGGGGUGCUAAGGGGGGUCAGAGGUCCAGGGGUAAGAAGAGGAGUCACGAGCCGGACGUGACCCAACAUGGUCAUAAGUCGCAAAAAGUUCAGAAUAGGCCAUGAAUUUUUGUUAGUGAUUUUAGUUAGGUGAUUCACUUCAAACUGUCAUAGCAUUCCUUAUGAAUAGCAUCACUGAAUUCCAUCCAACCAAUGCUGACAGUAAAUGAUAUCAAACCGUAGAGAAAAUAUAGCAUUAGAAGAUAUCUCAUGAUUUGCAGAACUCAUUGGAAGUUUUGUAUCAAAUUAUGGUGUUGUGUAUCAAGUUGAGAUGAUACUGUAUCAUGUGCGGUGAUACUGUAUCACAGAAUACAUAAAGUAUCAAUUCAUCCAAUGCAUUUUACAUGACGCCAAGACUUGAGUGCACCAAGACCACGUCUAAGAAGAUAUCCCAUAAUUUGCAGAACUCAUUGGAAGUUUUGUAUCAAAUUAUUGUGUUGUGUAUCAGGUUGAGAUGAUACUGUAUCAUGUGCGUUGAUACUGUAUCACAGAAUACAUAAAGUAUCAUUCCAACCAAUGCAUUUUACAUGACGCCAAAACUUGAGUGCACCAAGACCACGUCACGUGACAUCUUGUUAGAAAUUAAAA